AUUUGACAGCUGACAGCUUUUCUUUCUUGAACUUCAACUUCCCAAGCAACUGCACGCAGAUUUUGUCAUUAUUACCUUGUUUACUGCAUUAUUGAUCCCUGCGCUAGCAACAAUUGUUCAGUAUCAACAACCAUGGCUGUUCUGGCGGCUGCCGCACUCUUGGAUGAGUUAAUGGGCCGCAAUCGGAAUGUUGCGCCAAACGAAAAAGGCAAAGAACUCAACUGGGAAGAUCCAGAGUAUUGUAAAUAUUUCCUGGUAAAGUUUUGCCCCCACGACCUAUUUGUGAACACACGCGCCGAUUUGGGUGCAUGUUCCAAAGUCCAUGACGAAGAAGUGAAGAAACUCUUUGACCAAGCAAAAUCACACAAGAAAAUCUUCUACCUUGAAGAAUUCGUGCGGUUUUGCAGCUCGAUGAUCAACGAAGUCGAUCGUAAAAUCGUCAAAGGCAAGCAACGACUCGCCCUGAGUGGAAAAGGUGAAAUUUCUUCAUUAACUCCAGCACAAACACAGAAAAACUUAGAUCAGAUUAAUUUACUAAACGAGCGCAUUAACGGUUUGGUGGAGGAGGCUGAACAGGCGGGUAACCAAGGUAAUGUUGAGCAGGCUCAAGGGUUGAUGAAAUUGUGUGAUCAGUUGAAAGAUGAGAGGGAUAACUUGAAGAAGAUGAAUGAUAACAGCCAUUGGAGUGCUACAGCUGAGUUGGCAGCUGCGCAAGAGAAGCAGAUGGAGGUUUGUCAGGUAUGUGGCGCGUUUUUGAUUGUGGGGGAUGCACAACAACGAAUUGAUGAUCACCUUAUGGGGAAACAACAUGUUGGUUAUGCAAGGUUAAAGGCAGCCAUUGAUGAGAUUCAAGAGUUGAUUGAUAACGAAAGACGGAGUAAUACCGAGAGUGGAAGUUUAAAUACUGUGCGAGAUCGUCGAGGGAUGCAUCAUCAUCGAAAUAAACGUGAUAAUAGGAAUGAAAAAAUUUCAAGGGAUUCUCGUGAUAAACCCCGAAGGGAUUCGAAUACCAACGGACGCGAUCGGCGAUCACAUCACUACGAUGCUUACCGAGAAAGAGAUCGUUCUGAGCGUGGCAGUGACCGUCAAUCAUCUCGCCACUCACAUCGCCGUUAGUUUUUCGGUUGGUGGCAUAACAAUACACCAAACAAUCGACAAAUAAUACCAGUAAGAGAUGACCGCUCACAGGUAGGUGCCGCAUUACCGGGCGGCAACCCACGUCACACCUGUUCAAUCAAAUUGAUGAUGAAAAUCUGUGUCGCGUUGGUUGCUUCCAUUUUCUUUUCAGUCGAAAAUUUUUUUAUCACACGAAAACCGCGCUGCAGGUUAGUGCUCAUCAGCAAACUUCUCUUACACGAUAUAUUACACUUGAUAACAGCAAAUCUCUUUCAUUGUCAAGUAUUGCUGAGUGUGGAAUUUUAUGUCAACGAUACGAAAAUAACAAAUUGCUACAAGUUGUGUCGGUUGUAUAGCCUCUGAAUAUGCAACCGGCGCAACUGUUUUGUUUAAUUCUUUCUUUUGUUUUAAUUGUUGCGCGGCUGCGCGAGAUAUAAAUGUAUUUCGGUGCAGAAAAUGUCCCUUCGUAUGACAAGAAUGAAAUGCCGUCUCACAUAGCGCACGAUGGAGGUAUUUAUGUAUAAUUCUUAUGUUAAUGUUGUUUUUUUUUUACUAUAUGAUUAUUAUUAUUACACCUACGACUUAUAUGCUUAGGAGAGACGUCGCCGAUUGUUAAUUAUUUGAUGCUGAUGCAAAGAUGGCGGCCGGGGUUAAUGCGUUGUUUGGAUUUUUCCAGUUUCGAAAUGUGCAUACACAGUAGGUCCAUCAGCGAAGUACGGUCGAAUGGUUAUUGGAGGCAUCCACGUCUAAUUGAUAACUCUGCAAAGCAAUCUGCAGACCUAAAGGUGAUUUUGUUUGAUUCAUUUACACGUAAAGAUCAAUGCAAUACCGUAGUUUCAAGACCUAAUAUUAACUUUAAUAUUAUCUUACUUGCAUUGGAGUUAUAAAUCUUAUAAAUUAUAGACAUAUACAUAUUUCUUAAUAAAUAUAUUCAGACAUAA